CCUUGUUUUCCAGGCAGUAAGGAUACCGUGUGUACCCCUGGACCGUUCCUGCCGGUGCUCCUCUCACCGGAAGACCAUCCUUCUCAAGGCAGUGGCUUUCUUCCCAAUCUUCAUCAGGACAAGCUUCUCUGCAGCAGUGGACACUGGAGCUGCUGUCGUGAACUUCGUCCUUAGUUCUGAGGCGCUCCCUUGCCCCUCAGUGGCCACUCUCUGCUCGGUUUCCAGUCUUCAUGUUUCCUGUAGCAGGUGGAAUGAGACCUCCUCAAGCAGGCCUGAUGCCAGUACAGCAGCAAGGAUUUCCUAUGGUCUCUGUCAUGCAGCCCAGUAUGCAAGGCAUGAUGGGAAUGAAUUACAGCUCUCAAAUGUCCCAAGGACCCAUUGCAAUGCAGGCAGGAAUACCGAUGGGACCAAUGCCAGCAGCGGGCAUGCCUUUCCUGGGGCAGCCACCAUUCCUGGGCAUGCGUCCUCCAGGCCCACAGUACACUCCAGACAUGCAGAAGCAGUUUGCUGAAGAGCAACAAAAACGAUUUGAACAGCAACAAAAACUCUUAGAGGAAGAAAGGAAAAGACGUCAGUUUGAGGAGCAGAAACAAAAGCUCAGACUUUUGAGUAGCGUGAAACCCAAGACAGGAGAGAAGAACAGAGACGACGCUUUGGAAGCCAUAAAAGGAAACUUAGAUGGAUUUUCCAGAGAUGCUAAGAUGCACCCUACUCCAGCAUCACACCCCAAGAAACCAGAUUGUCCCACAUCAUCUCAUUCUACCAAAACUGUCUCCCCAUCACCUGCCUUUCUUGACGAAGACGAAUUCAGUGACUUUAUGCAGGGGCCUAUUGAGGUCCCCGCUUGUGGGCCCUCUUCCACGGCCCGGCCCUUUCAGUCCUUCCUCCCCACCGCCCCACUGGGCCAGGUGCACACACAGAAGGCUGGAGCACAGCCUCUCCCUGCAGGUCAGGUGCCAGUGUCUUUUGCCUUACACGGUGGCCCUGGGCAAGCUCCUUGUUUCUCUGCCGCUCCAACUUCACACGGUGUGCAGAAAGCAGGCCCUUCCUUGGAAGAGAAGCUCCUAGUAUCUUGUGAUAUAAGUACAUCUGGGCAGGAACAAAUUAAAUUAAACACUCCUGAAGCUGGGCACAAAGCCGUAGUCCCAGGUUCCAGUAAGGACUGUCCCGGUUUAGUGGCCCGUAACAGGGGUGCUGUAGAUGGAUGUGUAAGUGGUCCCACCACUGCCCAGGCAGAAAAGACUUCAGACCAAAACCUGUCAAACGGAGAGAGUGGUGUGGGUGUGUUUCCCUCUCAGGAUCCUGUUCAGCCCAGAAUGCCUCCUUGGAUUUACAAUGAGAGUUUGGUUCCAGAUGCCUAUAAGAAAAUUUUAGAAACCACAAUGACUCCAACUGGAAUAGAUACUGCUAAACUUUAUCCCAUUCUGAUGUCAUCUGGACUUCCCAGGGAAACUCUCGGACAGAUAUGGGCUCUAGCCAAUCGGACUACACCUGGCAAACUUACUAAGGAAGAGCUUUAUACUGUUCUCGCCAUGGUAGCAGUAACACAGAGGGGUGUUCCUGCCAUGAGCCCUGAUGCUUUGAACCAGUUCCCAGCGGCUCCCAUUCCUACCUUAAGCGGCUUUCCUAUGGCUCUACCUACCCCAGGGAGCCAGCCGACUGCGAUGCCCGCUGUCCCUGCAGGCUCCAUGCCCCUCAGCCUUGGACAGCCCAUCAUGGGCAUUAACCUUGUUGGACCAGUGGGUGGAGCUGCAGCUCCAACUUCUAGUGGAUUCAUGCCAGCCUACCCCUCAAACCAGGUGGGAAAGACAGAAGAAGAUGACUUCCAGGAUUUUCAAGAUGCUUCCAAGUCAGGAUCCCUUGAUGAUUCUUUCACUGACUUCCAAGAGGUGUCUGCUUCCUCAAAAACAAGUAAUUCCCAGCAUGGAAACAGUGCUCCAUCACUGCUGACGCCACUUUCUGGAACCAAAGCCUCCACAGACAAAUACUCAGUGUUUAAAGGAAUUUCUGCUGACAAGCCCUCUGAAAACCCUGCUGCAUUUGGAGAGUCUGGUGAUAAAUACAGUGCAUUCAGGGAACUUGAGCAAACAACAGAGAGUAAGCCUUUAGGAGAGAGCUUUGCUGAGUUCAGAUCCACCGGAACUGAUGACGGCUUCACCGACUUCAAGACCGCCGAUAGUGUGUCACCCCUAGAACCACCACCAAAAGACGCUUUUCCAGCAGCCUUUCCCUCCGGAGCUGCACAGCAGAAACAGACACAAGUGAAAACCCCUCUGAACUUAGCAGACCUAGAUAUGUUCUCCUCGGUGAAUUGCGGCGGUGAGAAACCGGUGCCCUUUUCAGCUGCAUUUAGCACGUCCAAGUCAGUUUCCACGAGACCUCCGGCAGCCGGCUCUGCAGCAGCCUCGGCAGCACUGGCAUCCACUAAAACUUCUAGUUUGGUAGAUGAUUUUGGAGAGUUCAAUCUCUUCGGGGAAUAUUCGAAUCCUGCAUCUGUUGGGGAGCAGGACGACUUUGCAGAUUUCAUGGCUUUCGGUAACAGUUCUAUUUCAUCUGAGCCAAAAGUAGAUGACAAAUAUGACGUCCUCAGAGAGGAAGUGAGUCCCAACUCCUUAGCCAGCAGCACAGUGGAGAGUGCCCAGAACCCACCUGCUGCAUCUUCCAAGUAUGAUGUCUUCAAACAGCUUUCCCUAGAGGGAGCUGGACUGGCCAUGGAGGAGUUCAAAGAGAACACUCCUUCUGCAAAGAGUGAUGAGGACUUUGCUGACUUCCAUUCCAGUAAAUUUUCAUCCACAAGCUCAGACAAAUCCCUGGGAGAGAAAGCAGUGGCUUUCAGACACGCCAAAGAAGACUCUGCCUCGGUAAAGUCUUUAGAUCUCCCCUCCAUCGGUGGCAGCAGCGUUGGCAAGGAGGACUCUGAAGAUGCUCUUUCUGUUCAGUUUGACAUGAAAUUGGCUGAUGUGGGAGGAGAUCUUAAGCAUGUCAUGUCUGAUAGCUCUUUGGAUUUACCAACAGUUAGUGGCCAGCAUCCUCCUGCCGCAGGGACGGCCUUGGCAAUCGAGGAUGCUCUUCCAGAGACUCCCUUCCCAGCCUUUGCCAGCUUUAAAGACAUGAUGCCUCAGACCAUUGAGCAGAAAGAGUAUGAAAGUGGGGACUACCAGGAUUUCACCAGGCAGGACCUGCCCACGGUGGACCGGAGCCAAGAGACCACAUGUCCAAGCCCGGCUUCCAGUGUCGCCUCUCACGAAACCCCCAAGGAGUAUGUCGACGACUUUGGAGAAUUUCAAAGUGAAAAGCCCAAAAUCAGCAAAUUUGACUUUUUAGUAGCCAAUUCACAAAGCAAAAUGAAGUCCAGUGAAGAAAUGAUCAAAAGUGAGCUGGCAACCUUUGACCUAUCUGUUCAAGGAUCACACAAGAGGAGCUUAAGCCUUGGGGAUAAAGAAAUAAGCCGUUCCUCUCCUUCUCCGGCCCUGGAGCAGCCUUUCAGAGACCGUUCCAACACCCUGAGUGAGAAGACAGCGCUGCCUGUCAUCCGAGACAAGUACAAAGACCUGACUGGAGAGGUGGAGGAAAAUGAGAGAUACGCGUAUGAGUGGCAGAGGUGCCUGGGGAGCGCCCUGGAUGUCAUUAAGAAGGCAAACGACACCUUAAACGGCAUCAGCAGCAGUGCUGUUUGCACAGAAGUCAUCCAGUCAGCCCAGGGCAUGGAGUACCUUCUAGGCGUCGUGGAAGUGUACCGAGUCACCAGGCGUGUGGAGCUGGGGAUAAAAGCCACUGCUGUGUGCAGUGAGAAACUCCAGCAGUUGCUGAAGGACAUCGAUAAAGUGUGGAACAACCUGAUUGGCUUCAUGUCACUUGCCACGCUCACACCAGAUGAAAACUCCCUGGAUUUUUCCUCCUGUAUGUUACGGCCUGGGAUUAAAAACGCUCAGGAGCUGGCUUGUGGGGUGUGUCUCUUAAAUGUGGACUCCAGGAGCCGGAAAGAAGAGAAGCCCGCAGAAGAACAGCCUAAAAAAGCAUUCAACUCGGAAACAGACAGUUUCAAGCUGGCCUAUGGAGGACACCAGUACCACGCCAGCUGUGCCAACUUCUGGAUCAACUGUGUUGAGCCCAAGCCUCCCGGCCUCCUCCUGCCGGAUCUGCUCUGAGAAGCUGCUCAGUGAAGCUCCAGCUGAGUUCUGGUUGUUCCUGUCACAUAACGUGGGGUGACUGGGACCAAUAAACAGAAUGCAGGAACUGCAAAGGUCCCUUCCAUCCAUCUCUUUGAAGCAUUCCCCAAGAGGUGGGGUGGAAAAACUGUGUCGGAGGUUCCCAUCAGACAGCCUUCGACCACCGCUUCCCCAGCCCUUUGAGACUUGAGGUAAACUGCACACGGCACCGGACGCUUGUUUGCUGCUCUCCUCUGGCUUUGUUGACGGUGGUGUUGGUUUGAUUUUAAGGAUAGGAUCUUGAUGCAUGCCCCUAGCUGACCUUGAAUUUGUAGCAAUCCUCCUGUCUCUGCCUCCCAAGUGCUGGAUCACAGGCAUGUGCCCCCCGUACCCUAUUUCUCUUAUUCUCUUAAGAUAAUUUAAAAUGUAGACCACAGUUUUCUGUAAAGAGUAAUCUGCUGCUGAAAUGUGAAAAAUUAACAACAGAAGGAAAAGAAGUUAUCCUAGGACUAGGAUCUGCAAGUUUGUCUCCAGCCAACGAUCGUUUCUGUCUCCAACACGAGGGUCCCAUGAAGCAGGACACAGUUCUCUGCAUUUAGCUUGUAAAUACUUGAAAUGAAUAAAAGGGGGUUGUGAUUAAACUGA